GCUCCUCCACAUAUGACAGAGCAAAAUCCAUGAUUGGCUGAUGACUCGAUUUCUUCAACAUUUUGCUAAUCCCAUACAUGUUAUUUGUUAUUUGAUCUGUAUGCAAACUACUUUGAUGAAACAUUAUUGUUUGAUAAAAAAAACUUUCAAAGCUAGAUAUAUAAAAAAAAAAUCAUACCAACUUGUAAACUAUACCUCAUUAGCUGUGUCAUUGUAAACUACUAUUUCUUAACAUUUACACCAAAAAAAUGAAGUUAUUUUCAAGGCAAUGGAAAAAGCUAUCAACAAGAGUGUGACCAUUGCCGAGCUCAUUAAGAGAAGGAUUCCUGGAAUCCAUCAGCACACAUCUAUUGGAUCCAUUGACAUAACUGAUAUCUGGGAGAGUAAAGAGGAAGGCCUUCUUCCGAUUGAGACAACAAGGCAUGUGUUAGUGAUCACUAUAACGCUUUCGAAGAAGGAGCUGAACACAUCCGCAGUUGGUUACCAGUGUCCGAUCCCAAUCGAGUUGGGGAAGCCAUUUGUUGAGAUUGAUUACGAAGGAAGAGAUGGAUCACCUUGAGGCAGAGAAAGAAGAGGCAGAGGAAGAGGAGACAGAGGUAGCAGCAUUGCUUUAUCAAUCUUAUUUCUAAAAUCUUAGAGAACGGUUCCAUUUUUGUUGAUCUGACUGUGGCUUUAUGUUUUCUCAGUUGUAUCAGGGGAAAGAUAUGUUAACGUUGAGUAUGAUGAUGAAAGUAUGGAGCCUGAGUAGGUACCUGGGAGAGGAGGACGUGGUGGUUGUGGGAGAGGAGGACGCAGUGGUCGUGGAAGAGGAGGGUUCAUUCAGCUAAACGCUAGUGUUACUUCAAACGAUCCCGUAUGAUCUCUAACAGCUUAAUUACUUGGCACUUAGCUUGCGCAUAAGCAUUGCUCGUCUCAAGAACCUAAACAGAAGAACCAUCGAUGUCAUAAUCCUAACCUAAUCUUCUUUCCGUCUCUGUGAAGAGCAACGUACGUGAGUUGGGCAAAAUGACACAGGACGUCGAGAUGAAAGAUAACCAACACCCCUUCUCAAUCGAUCAUCUCCUCCACGAUGCAGCGUGCGUGAAUCUCAAUCGUUAGGAGCUUCAUUGUUCUUCUUUUUCUGAUUGAUCAGAAGAAGUACCCCGAGGUUAAUCAUGCAUGCUGCCUGCCUCAUCAUGAGUUAUAUUUAUGAAUUAUGAUAAUGGGUUUAGUUUCAUGAGUUUGCUUUUUGGUUAUCUCUUAGGCUAAAGCUUGUUCUUCGUCAAGACGGCAAGCAUUGCUCGUCUCAAGAACCUAAACAGAAGAACCAUCGAUGUGAUUGUUGGAGUUAGCUUGAAGUAACUUGAGAUUGAAGCUACCUAAUCCUAGUGUGUUAUGGAAAUCUAAAGGAUUAGGAAAUAUUGUUUUAUGUUAAACCUAUUGUGUUUAGGAAACUUUGGUUCCUAUAUAAGAAGAUGUCAAGAUGUGACAUAGCUUAUGAGCUUUGAGUGAUUUUGAUAUUGUGAUUGUGAACUUGAUUGAUUGAAUAAGAGAAGGACUUCUUAUUGAUAUCGAUUGUGUGAUUCUACAUUUGGUAUCAGAGCCAUACAAAGCAACUUGAAGAUCAAAUUCAACAAACAUGGGAGACGACAAAGACGAGAUCGCUAUGCACAAAGAUACAAAACCUACCUCCAUCAAGUUUCCUAUGCUAACAUCCUCAAACUACACGGUCUGGUCUAUGCGAAUGAAAAUUGCGCUCAAAGUCAGUGAAGUAUGGGAAACAAUCGAUCCAGGAUCCAAAGAUGAGAAGAAGAACAAUAUGGCUAUUGCGUUUUUGUUUCAGUCCAUACCGGAGGCUUUAGUUUUACAAGUUGGAGACAUAGAAACAUCAAAAGCGGUUUGGGAUGCGAUAAAGGCAAGGCACAUUGGAGCCGAAAGAGUCAAGGAAGCUAGGUUACAAACCCUAAUUAAUGGCGGAAUUUGACAGACUCCAGAUGAAAGAUGGAGAUACAAUUGAUACUUUUGUCGGUAAACUUUCGGAGAUUUCUUCAAAGUCUGCAUCGCUGGGCGAGAUGAUUGAAGAACCUAAGCUGGUAAAGAAAUUCCUUAAAAGCUUGCCAAGGAAGAAAUAUAUUCAUAUGGUUGCCUCUCUUGAGCAAGUCUUGGACCUUAAUACAACCAGUUUCGAAGACAUAGUUGGACGAUUGAAAGCGUAUGAAGAAAGAAUAGCUGAAGACGAAGAAGAAGAUUCUCGUGACGAUCAAGGGAAACUUAUGUAUGCUGAUACGAAUCAAGAGAAUUAUGGGGGGCGAGGCCGUGGACGAGGUGGUCGCUCAAAUUGGCGAGGACGAGGACGUGGCCGCUCCGGAUCUUCAUUCCAGAGUCAAAGAGAAGCAUAUAGACAACGACUAAGCGGAGAUAUUUCGCACAUCACAUGCUUCAAGUGUGAUAAGCUAGGUCAUUAUGCUUCCGACUGUCCAGAUAAAGCACUUAAGCUACAAGAGACAGUCGAGAAGAAGGACGAAGAGACUCAGGAAGCUGAUGAAUUGAUGGUUCACGAGAUAGGACGGUCUCAACGAGUAAGGUCCAAACCCUCUUAUCUCGAUGACUACAUUCUAUUGGCUGAGAUUGAAAGUGAACGACUAUUGAUGGUAAUAAACGAGGAACCAUGGGACUAUACUGAGGCCAAGAAGCUAAAAGUUUGGGUAGAUGCUUGCAAAGACGAAAUCUUCUCUAUAGAAAAGAAUAACACAUGGGAUCUCGUUGAACUACCAUCUGGUAAAAAGCCUAUUGGUCUUAAAUGGGUGUUUAAAAUAAAACGCAAUGCCGAUGGAAGUAUCAGUAAGUUUAAAUCACGGUUAGUAGCAAAGGGAUACGUCUAAAGGCAUGGGAUUGAUUAUGAUGAAGUCUUUGCACCGGUGGCUCGAGUUGAAACGAUUC